CACACGCCUGUGUGUUGAUGAGGCCACAGGAAACCCACGCAGCACGACAGCAACCCGUGCAGGCGGACUGAAGUUGCAGACCCCAUGAAAACACUGAUGCAGGAUGCCGCCAAGACCUUUAGGAGGAAGAUAUUGUGCUCCUACAGCUGGAGAAAAUACCAGCGCCUAGACGACCUCAGCCCAGAUCAGGUGCAGAGGGCAUGAUGUCUCUGACUGAGAUCUGUUUCACUGUCUUCUAACUGUCCGUCAUCAUCACACAUGGACGGGCUGCUCAUUUCUCUGGUCGCUCUCUUAGGAGUUGCGUCCUGCAGUCGUGAUUUGAGAUCUGGAUCGGUGUUGGAGGUGACCGUCAGACCAGGAGACAACGUCACUGUGUACUGUGACUGUAAAGUAUCACGUGGAGUUUACAUAGUGUGGUACAGGGACUGCUCUCAUGAGAACCAGCCUUCUCUCGUCCUUAAAGUAAAAGAACAUCAGCAUUAUUUUACGAAUCGACCUCAUUUUACUUUUGUGAGAAACUCUUCUUCUGACUCCUAUGACCUGCUGAUCGUAAACAUCACUGAUUCUAAUGAGGGCCUCUACUACUGUGGAACUGAACAGAAAAUAGUGGAGUUUGAUGAAUACCUUCCGUCCAGAAUGUAUUACAAGUAUGGCAACGUCACAACAAGGAUCCUAUUCGAUUCUGGCCCUGACCCCUGUGAGGGGUUCGCAUACCCUGGGCGUGUUGUAUCCUGGAUGAUGGUGUUCACUGCAGCCUUCACUAUUCCCACCUCCGUCCUCUCCUUCAUUUUGGUUUAUUACGUCUGUCAGAAAGCAGACAAAGAAUCUCAAGUUCUGCAGGAAAGACCUGACCCCAGUGGACCAAGGAGACGGGAUCAGGAUGAAGAUGCGUGUUUCACUCGAGUUGUGUUCCGGCCAAAAGGAUGGACGAACGCACCAAUAGGCUGAGGGCGGACAGCACAAGCAUGUUUGCUUUACUCAAGCAGAAACCAAAUGGAGUGACGGUUCAAAUUCAAGUCCGCGGCUGCCAUUUCCUCUUGUUUGUUGUCCUGUGGUUGAAGGAACGCCUGAAGCAAGCAGGUGCAGGCUUUUGCUUUAUUCUGUUAUCAGGUUUAUAACCAACCAGACAGCAAUGGUCUCUCUUUUUCUAUCUGACAUAUGUACAUGUUUACAAUCUGUUUAAAAUGUACCUUUAUAACGUCGUUGCAUGUUAAGCUACAGCCUUACGCCUGCCUUUUAUGUUUGAUUAGUUCAAAUAAAGUAGAACAAUUUGUAUUUUAGAACAUGUAACAUCUAGAACAUGAAAUGAAAUAAAUACUUUUACACCUGCUGAA